GACCAACUCCAGUUCUUCUUUCCAUUGCCUUGGUCAGGGGAACAGACAGGAGUAUUAACCCUAACAUGCGUGUAUUUCGAGAGAAACUUCAAUUCAGUAACAUUUACACACCUUGGCGGAUUUGGUUCUCAUUUUUGUAUGUAUGAUUUUUUUUAUAUACUAUAUAUUUUUAUCUGGUGUUUUAUCUUGUAUCGUAAGAAUUAUUGACACACUGUAGUCAGCAGUAAAGUAACAGAAGAAGAAAGGAAAGCAGAAAUAUUAAACGAAGAAGAAGACUAAGAGGACGAAGAAGAAAAUAAAGACGAAUCAGUGCGUCAAUUUGAGUUUUAAACGUCGAUGGUCGGUUCCUUACACAAGAGCCAACGGCAGGAGAGGUCGAGUAAACAAUACCAUAAGAAUGACGGUGGACUCUCUUUUCAAUAUCUGUGCAGGUUGUGUCGCCACCUCUGCAGACUACUUCCUUGAUGACAUCAAGAACUUACCAGAGGGCAUUAAGGACAAGCUCAUGCAAAUAAUGACAGCAAGAGGGACAGUCACUGACUUUAACAUCAGCCAGUUAUUGCAUCCAGGGAUACAGCUUCUGGAUCUGCAGUGCUGUCAAGUGUCAGACUUGGCUCUCCAACAGAUCUGCUGCCCGCGCCUCAAGACUUUACUACUGGAUGGUUGUCAGAGAAUCACCUCAGAAGGUGUGAUAACUCUGGUCUCUUCAUGCCCAAGCCUACAGAAGUUCAUUCUGGAAAACUGUGUGGGGGUGACAGACGAGGCAGUGAGGGCUCUCGCCCACAACUGCAGAGACCUGGAGGUCCUCUGUCUAAGGGGCUGCUCCACCAUCGGAGAUGGUGCCCUGCUGGCACUGGCAGAGAACUGCAGGCUGCUCCACACUGUCCUGCUCUCUGGAACACAGGUUACAGAUGUGGGCAUCACUGGACUUGUCACAGGGCUUUGCUCCAAUACUUUGCAUGAACUACAGGUGGCAAGAUGUCCAAACUUGACAGAUGCGACUGUGACAGCUGUUUUCAAAAACUGUCCCAAACUCAAAAGGUUUGUCUUCACCGACUGUCCUCACAUUACAGAUCGACUUUGGGUACCUCUGGAAGAUUUUCUUGGUCGAAGCAAAAUUCAAGAUGUUACAUGGACGGUGUAUUGAAGGAAAAUGUAAAAGUAAUGGUAUCAUUCAGACUGAGAAGUACACUAAAGGAAGUAUCAAAAACUAAUGGAGACCUAGUUACGAUUAAGGAAAUAACCCACCAUGUCUAAUUUUAAGGGUAGCCUUCCUGUAGUUUUAAAUUAAAUUAAAUAAAGUUUCCUUUCUUAAUCCCCCUGCAAAUUAACCCAUCCUAGCUGUGAUCUGUGUUGCUAGGAGCAGUGGGCUGCCGCCUUCGUGCUGUGCCCGGGGACCAACUCCAGUUCUUUUCCCAUUGCCUUGGUCAGGGGCACAGACAAGGAGUAUAAACCCUAACAUGCAUGUUUCUUUUGAAGUCGGGGGGGGGGGCGGAGCACCCGGAGAACCUUGGGGGACAACCUUGGGGGUUGUCCCAAGUCGUCCUCUAUGUGGAGUUUCAUGUUCUCCCCAUGUCUGCAUGGGUUUCCUCCGGGUGCUCCAGUUUCCUCCCACAGUCCAAAGACACACAGGUCAGGUGAAUCGGCCGUACUAAAAUUGUCCCUACGAGUGAAUGUGUGUGUUGGCCCUGUGAUGGCCUGGCUGCCACCCAAUGACUGCUGGGAUAGGCUCCAGCAUCCCCACGACCCUGAGAGCAGCAUAAGCGGUUUGGAUAAAGGAUAGAUUACUGCAGCCAAGAGGACGACUGAGAAUCUGCACAAACAAGCCAACAGCGCCCUCUGUCGUUUAUAUGUCUAAGAGCACUAUAUCCUCAAUAGUGUGUGGGAACUGUCUCAUUGUUUCGUCACUUUUGUCCCUCUGUCCUAUCCCACUGCCAAAUGAAAGUGCUCCAUGCAUCUUUGGAGCUAUCUUGUCUUACACACACAGUACAUUAAGGCAUACCCUUACAUUUUUAUACCCGUAAUUAAUUCUUUACAGUCUUUUACACCAUUCAAGGACUGGGGAAAAAAAGGGGAGACACAAAUAAGGUUCAGACAAGUGGGGAAAAAAAUCUUGAAAAUGCACUUAAAUUCAGAUUAGUCUAAUGUUUACAAGGAUAAUGUUUACACUUUAUAGACAUGUUCUCGGCACUAAAGAUUUUUAUUGCUUACUUUUAAGGCUUUAAAUGGUCUUGCUCUAACCUAAUUUCAAGGUCAGAAAAUAAAAUGGGGGUUAGUAUUAAACAGGAGUAAAGGUAGCAAGGUAAGUUAAAACUGCUGUAGUUAUGUUUAAAGUGAAUGUUAUAGAACUGGAGUUUAGAAAUGUACGGAGUAAUUUCAUUCCACUGUCUAUUGUGGUCUGAUGUAAAUAAUAAAUUGCAGUUUCAUUUGUAUGCACUAAAUUGUUGCAGUGGUUCUUGUUUGUACUGUACCUCAGUUGAAGAUUAUGAACAUGAAAUAUAAUUUUAUAGCACUGUUUAACAGUCACAUGUUUGCCUUUCAUUGAAAUAUACCAUAUCUGGGACAUGAUCCAAUUGCAUCCUUGAUAUAAAAGUUAUACCGUGACAUUGCAGCGAGACAGUUGAAACA